AUGGAGGAGCUCGGGCAGGAGGCGGUGCUGCACUUCCUCACCCAGAGAGGGGGCCGAGUCCGCAACGCGGAGCUGGUGGAGCAUUUCAAGGGGGCCCUGGGCGGAGAGCCGGAGCAGCGAGCACGGGCCCGAGAGCGCUUCAAGCAGCUGGUGAACGCCGUGGCCACUGUCCGAACCGACCCCGCAGACGGAACCAAGUACGUGUACCUGAAGAAGAAGUUCAGCGGCAGCGGGCCAUUUCCCCCACUGCACGCGGCGCAUGUCAGGGCUCUGGACUCCCAGGUUCCUGAGGGGGGCCAGCCUAAGGCGGGAAGUGAGCAUCACUCCUCUCCUCCAGCCGGGCCGGUGGACUUGAGAAACGGGGAUGCGCUAAGCCCACCAGCCUCUCCCAGAAGUGAGGAGCCUACCCCUGUGGUGCAGGACCCGGAUCAGCAGCUACGGCCAGCGGCAGCUCUCCAGGUAGUGCCCAGCAUCUCGGUGACCGAACCUCCGGAACUUGAGGAGGCCCCGGGCCCUUUGGACAGCGCUAACUCGGCUAACGCUAAUGGGCCUGGGUCACCGGAGGAAAGAGCUCCUCUCUCUACUGGGGAGCACCCGCUCCCGGAGGGCACCCUUGAGGAGAAUGAACCAUCCGCGGACCAGGAAUCACCUCCCCAACUAGUCUGCGGUGAAAGCAGCAGAAAUGAAUUGCCGAGAUUGGGGCAGGUGCAGCCCCUGGGAGUCGGGGCGCGGAGAAAGAACUCUAGACGUAAUGUACCUCUUCUCCGGGGGCUUCCACAGGGCUCCAGCGGUGGGGAAGAGCCCGACCUUCUCUCUAGAAACUGGGAGGAGGGAGACGCCAGCAGCUCCCCAGGAGGAGUCAGUACUCCGAGACCUGGCCGCAAGAAUUUGCUGGACCUGAUGAUAGGCAGCUCCCCGCAGCUUAAGAGGAGCUUCUUUGUUGGGGGAAACAAUCCUGGGGGCUCUUCCGCAGGGGGCCGUACCACCAGAGGUGGUGGAGACUCGGAUACUGCUUCCCUGGCUUCAUCUUCGACUGAGGAAGAAGGAAGUGGAACUGGGUCUGUGGCAUUGGACCCUCUGGAACAUGCCUGGAUGCUGUCUGCCUCGGAUGGUAAAUGGGACAGCUUGGAGGGCUUGCUCACUUGCGAACCUGGGUUACUGGCCAAGCGUGACUUCAUCACUGGUUUCACCUGCCUUCACUGGGCUGCCAAGCACGGAAAGCAGGAACUCCUGGCCAUGCUGGUCAACUUUGCCAACAAGCACCAAUUACCGGUAAACAUCAAUGCCAGGACCAGCGCAGGCUACACUGCUCUGCACUUAGCAGCAAUGCACGGACAUGUGGAGGUGGUGAAGUUGCUGGUGGGGGCCUAUGAUGCAGACGUGGACAUUAGGGAUUACAGCGGGAAAAAGGCCUCUCAGUACCUGAGCCAGAGCACCGCAGAAGAGAUCAAGAAUUUGGUGGGUGCCCUGGAAGAUGAUGAUGGAGAGAGUACUUCAGAGAGUGGGGGUGGUCGCUGGAAGCUCUCUAAAGUGCUCCCUUCACAUCUUAUCACAUAUAAACUCUCUCAUGUACUGGAUGAUGGGGGAGAUCACCACCACCAUCAUCACCACUCCUUGGCUGAUGGGUCAGCUGGGGGCAAAUCAAUGAGUCGCAAAGCAUCAGGGGGCAGCAGCAACAGCAGUAGGAUGAGACCCAGACUCAACAAAAUUCGAUUCCGAACACAGAUCAUUCACAGUACUCCCUCUUUCAGGGACCCUGAACAAUCACUAUUCGAGGAGGAAAGACCCCUUAAAAGCAGCUCUUCCUCCUUCAAACUAAGACCGAAGUCCAAUGUAUUCGGGUAAAAUUUAUUCCUUUGGGCAUAAUUUAAAGUAUAGUAUGUGCCCUCUGACAUAGGAAUUCUGGGUGUCAAACAGAAUUAGAAAUGAGCAUAGGAAGGGGGAGGGGAAAGAUUAAGGAAAAUAAACUCCAUGUUCUCUACUUGGGGGAGGGGAAGGAGAAAGAAAGAGGUCAAGCAUUCCCUUGGUAAACCAAUCUAUAAACAAGCUACCGGGUUAGGUUUUUAAACCUUUCCGUAAAUGGCUGAUUCUCUAGAAACACUGGCUUAUUUUGGGCGAGGCGUAUC